AUUUUAUAUCAAUCCAUCUGUGCCCCGGGAAAGAUAUUAAAAGACCACUGUGCUGUGUACAAAGCAGUAUAUGGGGAGAUCUCUCGCUUUCCUUUCAUCACACCGUGUCAUCAUCUUAAUUUGAUUACACCACUGCUGCGGGCACACGUUGUGAUCUGACAAGUAUGGUGAAGGACACUGCCUUUUACGAUGUGUUGGGUGUCAAUGUCGAAGCCUCCGCUGCUGAUAUUAAAAAGGCUUACUAUCUCAAGGCAAGGCAGGUUCACCCAGAUAAAAAUCCGGGAGAUCCAAAGGCUGCUGAAAAUUUCCAAGCACUUGGUGAGGCUUAUCAGGUUCUAAGUGAUCCAGAAAAGCGUGAAGCAUAUGACAAAAAUGGAAAGGAAGGCAUACCACAGGACUCCAUGGUAGAUCCUGCAGCUGUGUUUGGGAUGCUUUUUGGGAGUGAAUACUUUGAUGAUUAUGUUGGCCAACUUGCUUUGGCUUCUUUAUCAUCUGUUGAAGUGGACGAAGAUACACAGGAUCCUGAAGUCCAUAGGCAGAGAGUUCAGGAAAAAAUGAGGGCAUUGCGGAAGGAAAGGGAAGAAAAGCUCAUAACUAUUCUGAAAGAUCGUAUACAACCAUUUGUGGAUGGUCGUACAGAUGAGUUUGUAAGAUGGGCAAAUGUAGAAGCACAGCGCCUCUCAGCAGCUGCCUUUGGCGAGGCUAUGCUACAUACGAUUGGUUAUAUUUAUACUAGGAAAGCUGCAAGAGAACUUGGAAAAGACAAGCGGUACAUGAACGUACCCUUUCUAGCAGAAUGGGUGCGAGAUAAAGGACAUCAGAUAAAGUCACAAGUGUCAGCAGCUUCAGGUGCUGUAUCUUUAAUUCAGCUACAGGAAGAUCUGAAGAAGUUAAACCAAGGUGAAAACAGGGAAGAGAACUUAACGAAAGCCAUUGAAGAGAAGAAGGAUGCAGUGCUUAAUUCCCUCUGGCAGAUCAAUGUGGUUGAUAUUGAGUCAACCUUGUCACAUGUCUGCCUAGCAGUACUUAAAGACCCCACUGUGUCCAAGGAUGUUUUGAAGGCACGGGCUGGAGCAUUGAAAAAGUUGGGAACAAUCUUCCAAGGUGCAAAGGCAGCUUACAGUAGAGAGAACAGUCUCCGCCAUGAAAGGGACGAGAAAAUAGAUUCAGCGUCGUCAUCGUAAUUCUGGACCCACAAGUAAUUCCAUAUUUCACUAAUGUAAGUGGUCUCAUGUUGAGUGAUGAUAGGUUCUCAUUACAGCAUUAUAGCCGUCUGCUGAAUAUUAUAGAAUAUAUUUGCUAUUGAUUGUAUUGAUUUAGUAUGAACCGAUGACUUGAUUCAACCUUGGCCGUUUCAGUUAUGUUCCGCUGUGAUAUUUGACGUCAGAUGUAUGCUGCCUUGGUAAUUCGUAUGAAAUUAUAUACGUUUUGUAUCUAAUGAAUCAGCUAAGAGCAAUAUCCAGUUCUUAAGGCCUAAUUUAUUGAGCUCGUAAUGGUUGUGGUCA